AACCCCUUUUUUCUCUCUUUUUCUCUCUCUCUCUCUCCCUUCACUUCAGCUCUCUCAACUCAACGCAACAACCCCACUCUUUCUCUCUUCUUCCCCUCAAAUUUCCCUCAGUUCUUCAAUAUGAGUUCCAAGAUCUGCAGAUCUGCCUCCAGAGCCGCCAGGUCCAUCCUGAAUGCUUCCCGGAGCUCUCGAGCUUAUUCCACUGGAAGCAGAGCCGUGGCUUCCGCAGCAGCAGUAUCGCUAAGAGAAAAGUUGCCUUCUCUUGCUUCGAUGUUUGAGAAUGCCGGUUCUGGAUACGCAUCUAGAGGAUGGAUUUCGGGACUGCUUGCCCUUCCUGCUGGAGCUUUCAUGCUCCAGGAGCAGGAAGCACAUGCUGCAGAGUUUGAGCGCACGUUUAUAGCCAUCAAGCCAGAUGGUGUACAGAGAGGGCUGAUAUCAGAAAUCAUAUCCCGUUUCGAAAGGAAAGGGUUUAAACUCGUAGGCAUUAAAGUUAUUGUCCCUUCAAAGGAAUUUGCUCAGAAGCAUUAUCACGAUCUGAAGGAAAGACCCUUCUUUAAUGGCCUCUGUGAAUUUCUGAGCUCUGGCCCCGUCAUUGCAAUGGUUUGGGAAGGCGAGGGAGUAAUCAGAUAUGGACGAAAACUUAUUGGAGCAACAGAUCCACAGAAAUCUGAGCCCGGUACCAUUAGAGGAGAUCUAGCUGUUGUAGUUGGCAGGAACAUCAUCCAUGGAAGCGAUGGACCAGAGACUGCAAAAGAUGAGAUCAAGUUAUGGUUCAAGCCAGAGGAAUUGGUUAGUUACACAAGCAAUGCAGAGAAAUGGAUCUAUGGAGAUAACUGAUGAGUUUUCCUUUCCCUUUUUCUUUUUAUUGUCAUUCUUCCUUUGGGUUUGGGUUUUUACUCGAGCUAGGCAACAGUACCCGUGAAUAGAGCGUCGGGUAUUUUCAUAAUUAAUGCGAAUAAAAUUAUGCGCUGAGCCCAGGCUAUGAAUGGCGGCUCAUUGAUAUGCUACAACAACACCAAACAGUUUUUUCUUAGAGUAUUACCAUAUAAUAAACAAACAGUUGAAUAGUAUAACUUAGUUGCUGAUAUAAUAUCCAGAAUUUUGAUUCUUCAUUGUUACAACUUUCUCUUUUCAUUUCCUUUUUUAAUUCAAUUUUUGUUUUUAUAUUUUAAUUUUUUAUUAGGAUACAAGGAAAAAUCCACAAAACCACUUAAACCGACCAAAACUGCUAUUGAUUCAGGUUAAAACCAAUUUGGUAUGAUUUGACAGUUUUAGUUAUAUACGAUCAGGUUUGGGUUUGACAACGUUUUAAUUGAAAUAGAUCGAGCUUACUAAUAAUAUUUGUACUAAGAAUUGAUAAUUACAUCACAUACCAUAUUUGAAAUCAUGAAACCUUUUUUUUUAAUACAAAAUUUGGGGUGGGGGAUCAAACUUUGGACAUAUUGAUAGAUAGUUAUACUCAUGUUGGCUUUGAAGUCUUGCGUUUAAUUUGUGUAAAGAAAACUCAUCUGUUUAUUUAUUUAUACUUAUAUUUCCUGAUAUUUCCCAUCUAGCAAAUUCACACAAGCAUAAACCAUCUAGCCAAACUAUCAAUUUGUUCGUUCAAUGUGGUUCGGUUUGCACGUUUUUGGUGGUUCGGUUCAAUCACCCGUAUGUAAUAAUUUGAUUGUAAAAGAAAAUAAAGGAAAAACAACCAAAGUUAACAUGACCAAAUGGUAUUGAAGUUAUUAUUCAACUUCAAACAUUUUUUACUGACAAAAAAAAACUUUUAUUUAUUCAUAUACUACUGUUUGAUGUUUAUGAGUCAUAUUAAAUUAUUAAGGUUGUUUACUUAGAUAAUUUGGUCGGCGAAACAAAUAUAUUUCUAAAAGGAAAAUGAUUAAAAUAAAACUUGUGGAAUAUAUUAAUCUAAGCUUUGAAAAUAACAACAAUUUAAUUUGGGCCAGAGUUAAAUUGACCAACUGAGAUUGAAUAUUUCAGUACUUAAAACAAAAUGAAGAUUUUUUAUGGUUAACGUGGAGUUUGUAAUAGCUUUACAUUGUGAGUAAAUUUUCGAUUUGAUACGCAAAAGGAUUUGACAGAGAUGGGGAAUCGAGAUGAAUAAAAAUAAAGUUUUUUAGACCGAUAAAUUCAAGCUUAUUGAAUGAAGUGUAGUAACUUUAUCCACAUUUUUUCUCAUAUAAUUUUUUUUUAUUAAUAAUAUUUGCGUAGCAUAGUUCAACAGGUGUUUGCGACUGCACGUAUCUAAUUUGAAUCCCAAAACUUAACCAACAUUUUAAUACUACUUUCUAAGUUUCAACCUCACUUUGUCAGUAUGGUUUAAGCUAAAUAAUGAUAAAGAGAUAUGAACAUAAACAACUACUUGAAACGUUUCAUAUUUAUACUCAAUUUUAAUAUGGAAAAAUUGCGAGACAAAGAUAGAGAGAUAAAAUCUAAAUCGAAUAUGAAUAAAAAAAAAUAUAUGGAAAAAUAUGUGGAAGACUUUGUGGUCUUUUAGCAAUACCUCCCAAAUAAAAAAUUUUCCUUUGGAGGGCUUGUCUAAACUCUUAACACACUUCCCACACGUGAAGUUCUUGCAAGUCAUUAGAUUUCAUCCGUUUAGAUGUGCCCUUUGAGUCAUUGUGAAUCUGAAUCUAAUAUUUAUGCUCUAUGAUUUUGCAAGGGAAGUAGAAAUAUGGUCUUCUUGAAUCCCCAGCUUGCUUCUUUAUGACAUUCUUCACAUUGAUUAUGCUUCUCUCUUUUGUAGGGUAAUCGAGAUUCUCGAUUCCCAGGAUCUUAGGAUAUUCUUCAUGAUCACAUCCUCAAUAUGGCAUCGAUUCCCAGGAUCUUAGGAUAUCCUUCUCCCUGAAUUUUGUUGGUGGGGAGUUGUUUGAUAGCUUGUCUACUCCUUAACUGUGAGGCAGGCUAGCCAGGAUCCUCCUACCACAGAUGGGUCUAAACGAACGACCCCUUUUCAAGAGGUUUUUUAAGGUGAAUUAUGAUGUAACUAUUCGAAGUGGUGAGUUAGAACUUAGAGUUGUUGUUUGCCAUUCCAGUGGCAAGAUCUUCAUGGUCAUGGAAAAGUUCCACCCUCUCAUUGGUUAUGUGGAGCUCGUUGAAGUUUUGACCCUCUUAAGAGGCCAUUUCCAAAGCUUUGAAUGUCGACAUUCAUCCUUUAAAGGUCUUUUGACGAACUCUUCUCGAUAUUUUAGUGAGAAAUGGUUUUUUCAUGGAUU